CUGAGGGCUGCUUCAUCCCUGAUAAACAGAAUAUCAUAUGUUGGCUCAGCUCAGAGGACAUUUCUCAACAUGCCUUGGGAUUAAAAUACAAGAUGAACACCUGCAGCCAGGAAACUUUCUGACUCCAGCGUCAUUUGAAGGUGGGUCAGCCCCUCUGACAACAACGAACUACAGUUCCCACAUUCCUCAGAUAGGAUGUUUCUGUGGGCAGGAAGUAAAGCAGCAGAUGGAAGAAAUGACCGCAGAUCCAUCUACCAGAAGAUUCGUGAAUAUGAGGUCCUGGACAAGAGGAAAACAGUGACAGCUCUGAGGGCAGGAGAGGACAGAGCCAUACUGCUAGGCCUCAGCAUGGUCUUCUUCUCUGUCAUGAUGUACUUUGUCCUGGGAAUCACCAUACUGCGCUCUUACUCUGACCGUGUAUGGACAGACGAGACUAGCUGCACUAUUGUGAACUCCACCAUCGUGUGGGAUGUUAACUGUUCAUACAGCUGUGGAGCAGAGUGUUGGAAGAGCUCCCGUUACCCCUGUCUCCAGGUCUACGUGAGCCUCAACUCCUCAGGAAAAGUGGUACGACUGUUGCACAAUGAGGAGACGCAGAACAGCAAUCCUGAGUGCUUCUACACCCCAAAGUGCCACAAGGACUAUACAGCCAUACAUGUCAUAGUUCAGAACAUUUCUGAGCGUCUCAGGCCUCAGCACACAGUUCAAUGUUUUGUGGACCCUACAGACAGAAUGGACAAUGCCAUCCUGACACAGAUCUAUGGUUCGGUCGCCGUCUUUCACUCCCUAUUCUGGCCAACCUGCACCUUGAUUGGAGGAACCAUCAUCAUUGCCAUGGUGAAGCUGACCCAGUAUCUGUCCAUCAUGUGCGAGCGACUAAACCGCAUCAAGAGGUGAAGGGCACUGCUAUAAGUUCAAAAGGAAGUUUCCAUUAUAUGGACAUGAGAACAACCAAAGCAGCAUCAUGGGGCCGAGACUGAAGGACAGAGAGAAGGGAAAGCUGAGAUGAGGUGUGUCUGUGACAGCUGGAAUGUUGGAAAUCAAAGACAUGCAUCAGGGACAAUUUAAAAGCAGCUACACUGAUGCUGGUUCGCAUCUUGACACAAGUUAGACCUGCUUGUGGUUGAAGCUCAGUGAAUCAAAACGAUUUGUACUAAUGUGACAUUCUGCGUCCUGUAGCUUUACAAAGCUAUUUGUUAAAGGAAUAGUUCAACAUUAAAUACGCUUAGCAGCUUCCUUGCAAAGAGUUUGAUGAUCAAUACUACUCUCACAUUACAGUGGUUUCAGUCUACUCUUCUAACUUUUGGAAAUAAAAAGCAAAUAAGGUGUAUUUUCUAAAAUGUUAUGCUAUUUCUUUCUACUAUUCUCAGUCAGAUCUUUGAAGUUUGGUACCAAAAUGUGCAUUUCAGCUUUCCUGGGUCCUCUUAACAAGGGUUGCUAAUACUUCACUGUAUGUGUCUUCGGUUUGGGUCCUAUGUGGAGAGGAUUUACCAACCAUGUGGUUAAGGGUGUGUAUACUGAGGGAAUAAUGCAUUAAAUAAAAAAAGAAACAUUUUCUGUUUCAGUCCACUUCAAGCCCACUUAACACAUCCAAUAAUUUAAUGUCAUCCUCUGAUGCUGGAGCUGAGGACCAGUGGAUAUUUGGUGGCCGCCUUUCAGAUUCAGAUUCUGCAUAUGGUAUAUCAUGCAGAGCAAACAAGAAAUUGUCUCUGGUAAGGAAACCCAGUAAAGCCCAUUUUCUACAACUGUGCUUCAUCAGGUCGGACAGAACUUACUCACAGCUUCACACGUUAUACUGUGCUGAGUCUUUUUCUUUCUUUUUUUUAAUUCAAACGUGUCUUAUUACAUGAAUGAUUGUACUAUCAAUAAACACAAUGUGCCUGUUACCUCUCAAUAAUAAUGUCUGAGCCUUCAGUAGUUAUUACUGAAUUUAUGUUGACGAUGUCACAGUUUGGAUUAUGUAUGUUUCAUAAUGACUGACAGUUUGACAAGUCCUAAGACUGGCUGGAUGGUCUGUGCUGUGACAGACAACUUUUCAUUUAGUUUGGAGGGAGAUAGUAAGAUAACUCCAGAUUUGACAUGAUCAUUGUCAGGGUCAUUCCGAACAGAAUGUCCAACUCUCAUCCCAUUUUGUCAAAUAUCACUGCUUUGUCUGUGGACUACAUAUGAUUCACUAGGUAUCCUCCUGCAUCUGUUGUUGAUGUUGACAUCGCAGAUGCUGUGUUGAUUUUUAUUUGGUAUAUGCAGUGU